AUGUCACAAGCCCAAGACCACUUACUUGGAGUUGUUGUGAAAGCACCUUCUGCUAGUAUUAAACAAUACAUAGUUCUAGUGCUUACACCGGAGUUACCACCAACAUUGCAAACUCCCCUGGAUACUGGUAAUUUACAAGAUAAAAAAGGUUCAGAUUUGCAGAUUCUGGUACCUAAGUCAAAACGUGGUUUGGAGGAAGAUUAUUUUUCUUCUGCCACUUCUCGGAAAGGAUCGGGCAUCAUCAACAUAAAACUACCUCACCGAGGUAAUGCUGCUGGGGUGAAUUAUGAGGUUAGAGGGGUUGAUAAUAAAGAGUUCUUAUCUAUAUGCAAUUGCAAAAUAAAGAUUGACCAAGUUCGUCUUCUGGAAGAUGUUAGCAAUGCGGCUUAUUCUAAUACUGCACAACAGCUCUUGGGUCUGAAAUCUGAUGGAAAUAAAUACCCUCCUGCCCUAGAUCCAGUGAAAGGUACAUCUCUGAACUACUUUAUUUGCAGUUUUGGUUUUCUGUUUUUCAUUUGUUCGGAUUUGGUCCCAUUCUGA